UAUUGACAUGAUAUUUUCAGUUCGAUACUUUAACAAAGCUUAUAAGGCAGGACUUGGUCAAUUUCUUAUGAAAUUGCCUAGCUAUGGCGAUCUGAAAAUGGUCAUGUCUGACUAUGAGGAUUUUGUGAUGAUUGAGAAAUUGCAUGCUGUGUCCUUCAGUUCUCUCCGGAAUAUGGUUAAUAGAUCAGAUGCAAAAAACAUUCUCAUCUCAUCGGGGGAAACAAGACUGGCUCAGAUGCUUGGGGAUCAGGAAAUCAAAGGUGCCACCACAAUAUACUUGGCCUGUUCUUCUCCGGAGGCUGCUGAGGCCUUCUGUAAAGAAAUUGAGUAUCACCCAAUUAUUAAGGACAGCUAUCAGCUUCUGCAGAUGGUAUCUCCCGAAGUGUUAGAAAUUAAAAUGACCUCUGCAUUGAGAAGAAGGCUGUGUAGAGCUUUCAAACAUCAUGCCGGACUGAUCUUGCACAGGAAGAAGGUGGAAGAUACAUCAUGUUUUACUUAAGACUGGACAUAAUAUGCCACCCCUAUCCCUAGAAUAGAUGUUUGCCAGCAUUUGUUUACUUUUGUAGACUGCAGUGAUUCCUUCUCCAAAUUAAAGAAACAUUUAUAUCUUUUAGGGAAAAGUCAGUUUUAGUUUCUCAAUUAUACUUUCGGAAUUGAUUACCUUAUGGUAUGCUGUUGGACUGUAUUUGAAAUUUUACUUGGUUCUUUUAAUGUGUUUUGCUGACUUAACUCUCA